GGCUGAGCCGCCCUCCCGCAGAGCCGCGCAUGCUCCGUGUUCCCCCUUGCUCCGGGUUCCCACGCCGCCGCCACCCUCGGCCCGACCCUGACUGCUUGUGCACCCAGCUCCUCUGCAGCAGCAGAGGACCCGGCCGACGGACAGCCAUGCAGUAGGAGCCUCCUGAACAGAGCCUUUCAGCUGCGCUGUGGUUGGAGCCCUGACUAUGGCGGCUAUUCUUCUGAGAGCAAAGCCCAAGGUACCAGUAUCUUUUGAGGAUGUGUCUGUAUACUUUACAAAGACAGAAUGGAAGCUUCUGAAUCUCAAACAGAGGAAUCUCUAUAAGCAGGUGAUGCUGGAGAACUACAGCCACUUGGUGUCAGUGGGAUUUGCUUUCUCUAAGCCUAACCUUGUGUCCCAGCUGGAAAGAGGGGAGAAGCCCUGGAUUACAGAUGGUGGAAUGGGGACUGCAGCAGGAUCCUGUCCUGGGAAUGGGAUAAAGAGCAAGACGCUGACUUCAAAGCCGAAACUUUUUGGAAGAGGUCUCCUCGGAGACACCUCAGGAUCUUUGGUGCAGACACAUACUCACGACUUCAGACCAAAUCCCAUUGUAAGGUACCAGCACUCCAGAAUCGCGGAUAAGCGGUAUCUGUGUCAGCAAUGUGGAAAAUCUUUCAGCCGCAGCUCCAAUCUCAUCAAGCACCGGAUCGUCCACAGUGGCGAGAAACCAUACGAAUGCCGCGAGUGCGGGAAGUUAUUCAGGCGCAGCUUGGCGCUGCUGGAGCAUCAGCGCAUCCACAGCGGUGACAAGCCCUAUGAGUGUGGGGAGUGUGGCAAGACCUUCACGCGCAGCUCCAACCUUGUCAAGCACCAGAUCAUCCACAGCAGCGAGAUGCCUUUCAUGUGCCGAGUGUGCGGGAAGGUGUUCCGGCGGAGCUUCGCGCUGCUUGAGCAUGCACGCAUCCACAGCGGUGAGCGGCCUUAUGAGUGCAGCGAGUGCGGCAAGACGUUUAGCCGCAGCUCCAACCUUAUCGAGCACCAGCGCACCCACAGUGGCCGGAAGCCCUACGUCUGUCAGGAGUGCGGCAAGGCCUUCAAGGGCAUCUCGCAGCUCAUCCAUCACCAGCGCAGCCACCGUGGCGACAGGCCUUUCUUGUGCCGCGAGUGCGGCAAGGCCUUCCGCGGUCACUCGGGGCUUAGCCAACACCAGCGAGUGCACAGCGGCGAGAAGCCCUACGAGUGCAGCGAAUGUGGCCGUGCCUUUGGUCGCCGGGCCAACCUCUUCAAGCACCAGGUAGUGCAUGGCGGGGUACGGCUCCAGCGUCGAGGCCGCGGAAAGGGCCUCCACCGGGGCUGCAUGCUCCAGGAGCAUUGGCGCGAGCCCCGAGGACUUCCACCCCAGGAAGCUGGGGAAGGCAGCUCCACGGAGCCCCAGCCCGUUGACACCAAUGACAAGCCUCAAGUGUGUGAGCGCUGCAGCCAUGUCUUCGAAAACAAAUUGCUGCUGUGUCGCCAUUUGCGCAUCCACGACGAUGAAGAUGACAAGAAACAGAAGGCAGUUACUGGGAGCACCUCAGAUUCGGAGGAGAGGUUGCUGCUCAGCCAGGAUCUGGAAUCCCAGCUCGCAGAGGGAAGCAACAGGGAAAGCAGUGAAAGUUUCCUGUAUGCUGAGAAGGCUCAGGGCCCAUCCUCACCUUGAGGCAGGAAUACAGGGCAGCAACUCAGAAUGGCAGGGUGGCCCCACCCACCUAGUGUAGUCUUCCCUACUCCUUCCCUGAUGGGUAGAAAAGGAAGGCUCCUCCCUAGUUCUUGAUGAUACAGUUGAUGCCUAGAGAUUGCACAGGAAGGCUCCUCAAGGAGCCUAGGCAGGGUACUCCUGUGUGUGCUUGGGGUAUAAGUGCCUAUGUGAGUGGGGUCUCCAGGUGAGCAGAUUUGCAUAAUACAGACUUGGUCUCUCCUAUCCAUGUGAGAAUUGCCUGAUGUGGUUGGGAGGGAAGCAACAGUGUCCAGCCAACUCUAAGCACAGUUACAUUGAAGUUUACAGAGGGAUGACCCAUGACCUUUCUCUUGUUAACAUGUUAGUGGGGUGAUUGCCUCUCCUUAAGAGCUGUUUGUGUUUCUAGAUAGAAUAUACUAAAAACACUUUAUUCUAUUAAAAGUUUAUAAAUUGAAGGGACUCUAAAGUUAGCCUGAUGCUUUGCAGGAAAGCACAGGGGCACCUAUUGUCCUGGAGCAUAAGCUAGACUGUCUGUGAAAACUUGGACCCUAUGUAUGUGCCCCCUACUGCUGCUUGGAGGUCUGUACCAAAUCUUGCAGAGGUUAAGGCCCAGAAACCCUGAGGGCCUCCUUUUUGGGAAAGGAGCCCCCCCCCCCCCCCCCCCCCCCCCCGUCCCUCAUGGGAAGAGGGUCUAGGUAAGACAUGGCAGCAUUUGAACCCCCACUGCCCUGCUGACUUCAGUUUCCUCCUCUAGCACUCAGUGAAGGCCAUACUGGCCAUUCCUACCCCAUGCCCCAGUGCCUAAAGCUUCAAAUUGUCUGCUAAUCCCUUUCAGGCAACCCACUGUGUGGUGAUGACAGGUUAGGAAUUUGCACUUAGGUGGCCGCUGAAAUGAGUCUGGCCAGACAAUUAUCUUUCAGAUGAUAUUUCUUAAAAUAUUAAAGUUGCCAUUACUUUAAUGUGCUUUCAUUUGGGGGUAACAUUAGUUGAAAAUGGAGAUUUUUUGUUAUAGGAGAGUGAUGGAGGAUUUAUCUUUUAUAAAAAUUCCUCAGACAGAGGGUGUAGCUCAGAGGUGGAGUGUAUGCCUAGCAGACCACAGGCCCUGUGAGCCAUUCCUGCCCCUGCCCCAAGAAAAGCUCAGACAGGGGGAAGAGGCCUUCCCAACCCAUGAUUGAUGCCAGUAGUGGCAAACCUGGCCCUCUGAGUGAUGAUGUGACAACCCCCACCUCCCUUCCCUUAAGCCCAGGUGGCUCUUUAAGUGGCACUUUACUGAAAAAAGAAGCCAGUGGCAGUCCUAUUCCACCUUCCACCUGUGCUGUCCCCAGGAGAUCUGUCCCUUGGUAUACUAAGCUCAGCAUCCUUGGUAGCAAGCUACUCUCCAGCUCUCUCCUAUCCCAGCGGAGAGAAAGAUUUUGUCACAAAGGCUGCCUGAGGGUAGGUAGGUUGGUGGUACAGGUGAAGUGGAGACAGCUCUUGGGCACUCCAAGGAAGAGUAGUGGCACCUUCCCUGCCAGUUGAGUGAGGUUAAAAGACAGCUGCAUCCUGCCAAGAGAAUAUGGGAAGACCUGGAAACCCAGGAUGCUGGUUGGAGCCCUGGUCACAAGAAUAUUCACACACACACACACACACACACACACACACACACAGAGAGAGAGAGAGAGAGAGAGAGAGAGAGAGAGAGAGAGAGAGAGAGAGAGAGAGAGAGAGACUUUAUGUAUAUAAAAUGUUUUGUGUAAAGUUCCAGUUUGUACCUUGCUCUUAUCUAUGUGUCCUCCAGUCGAUCCCCAUCUUUUUGUCCUGUGAUUGCUUUCCUGUCUGGGAGCCUGCAGAUGUGUGCCAUGCUCAGCCUUGUGUCUGCACUCCAAGCCCCACACUGGGUACUGCUUUCUUGGUAUGCUGGAUUUGAGCUAUGUACUGGUUGGCUUCAGUGGCUCAUGGAGGCAGUUCAGAGUAUCUGUCACUUUGGUUUCCCAAUAGAAAAAAAAAUACUAAGAACGGUGUCUUUUAAGUCUCUGGUGAAGUAAUUGCUCGGACAAUCUCUGCUAGGGCUGGCACAGAUACAGGAAACUAGGCCUCAUGCAGAGCAGGUGCCCACAGUAGGAGGCUCUGUGCAAGCUCUGUCAUAUGCUCUUGGGUGUUCAUUUCCAUGUCUAUGAAGUGAAUGAAUGAUACCUAUCCUCCAAGCCAGUCACCAGCUCCUAUACCCAAGGAUAAGUCCCUACAGGAAGGUUCAUGUGCAGGCAUUUUCAGCAGAAAGUAGGGUCUGCAGGGAGAGAUGUAGAGCACUUCAGAGUAGAGUACCCUGAGAUGCUCCAGGGUCACGGUGGUUGCCUACAUACAUAACAACACAUCUCUUUGUCAGUUCUCUAGUUCCUGUUCCUAGAUGUUUUCAGCCAGGCAGUUAGGAGUAGUUAGUUCUCUGAGGCAUGUAAAAUGAACAGAACAGGUUUCUCCUGGAAUAAAGUCAGAGUAACCAGAGGGACAUUUGUUUUGUGCCUGAAAAUUGUGCUUCAUCUAUCAAGCUGGAUCGGGAAUGGGGCUGAUCACUCAUUUUUGUAAGGGGCAACUAGAUUAUAAAACCUUAAACUAUCAAAACUCCUGCUGUUUUCUAGUUCCUCAUCUUCUUGCCCUGCCCCCCAUACUUUACCUUUGGACUAUUUGCCUUUUAAGACUUUGGGUGCUUUUCAGGUGCUGUGUGAAUGUCCUAGCAGUCUCUCCAGGAAACUAAUAGAUGGUCCUCUCUGAAUUUAUCAUGAGGUGGAAUUUUCAACAUUUUUGUUGGUUGAAAAAAGACAGCUACUUGGAAAGGGGCUCCCCUAUGGUGAUAUAUUGUGUAUCCUGAUAAAAUUUGCCUGAAGAUCAGAGAACAGAACAAGCCACUAGAUUAAACAUAGAGGCCAUGCAGUAGUGGCACACACCUUUAAUCCUAGCACUCGGGAGGCAGAAAUCCAUCUGGAUCUCUGUGAGUUCAAAGCCACCCUGGACUACAUGAGAUUGACUCAGUCUCCGAGAGAAACAGAGCCAGGCAGUGGUGGCACACACCUUUAAUCCCAGUACUAGGAACCACAUGGCUAGGUAGAGAAAAGUAUAUAAGGUAUGAGGAGACAGGAACUAAGGGCUUUUUCAGGCUGAGGAGUCCUAGAGGUAAGACAUGGUAGUGGCUUGUUCCUUUGCCUCUCAGAUCUUCAGGCAAAUUUUAUUAGGGUACACAAUAUAUCACCACACUCCCCCAUGUGGAGAGGGGCUGUCCCCAGGAUUAAAGUAAACAGACAGGUAGUGGAUUCAAGGUUACAAGCAAGAGUCAACUCUGACCUAGAAAGAGCCUAGAGUGAUGCUAGGGUUAUUGAGGAGGGGUUGCUUCCCAUGUGGGAGGGCUUGGCUUAGUCUGCUCAGGGUGCAAGCUUCUCAUAGGACCCCAUACUGCAACUCUGAGACCAGGCCUGCCCAACAGGUUCCGUAUCAGAAAACUCCAUCAGUCUCCUAAGAGGCACCACUAUGCUUGCCUUCUGUUUUUUUCUGCUACCAAGUUUCAGGCAGCAUGGAAGCAUCCACCCUUGCAGCUUUCCAGACAGGGAGUAGAAUAUAGGGAUUUCAUGUGUGUGUUUGGGGGGUGGGGGUGGUUGCUGAAAAGUGCCUUGGUUGGGGGUGGAGAGGAUGGAGUAUAGUAUUAGGGAAUCCCAGAAUACACACAAGUUUCUCUAGGACAGUUCUGAGUCAGGAAUUCAGUUACUCUAGAGUAUGGAGCACCCAGGGUGCCAUAUGUAGAAAGUCAGACUCUAUAGCUGGUCCCAGAUGAAGACCAAUUUUUCUAAACAAGAAAUGAAGUUAGUGUUAAUGAGAACUGCUAUGGGGUGUGAGCGUACACCUCACCAGCCACUAUGGCCAUCUAGAUAGUUUUGAGGUCUGUGAAAUAGCCAUAUAGAAACAAGCCAUGAAGAGGUAGUGUGGAAGAAGAGGAAGGAAUCAAGGGAUCCUACCCACCCACCUUCCUCUGAGUCCCCACUUGCCCUGACUUCAUGUUUUUGUGAGCGCCAAUUCAUCUGUGAUUCCACAAAACAAUGGCCCUCUGAGAUUCCUGGACACUUUCUUUGUGAGGAGGUUUCUUUGGGGGGAUGUUGUUUUAAGCCUGUGUAACCCAGACUGGCCUUUGACUCUUAACCCCCCUGCCUCUACGUCCUAAGUGCUGGAAUUACAAAUUUGGGCCACCAUGCCUGGCUUCUGCAGAUUCUUACAUUCUUAUAUUAAAAGUAGCAUCAAGUUCAAGGCCUUGCACAUUUGCAAGAACAGUGCCUCUUUUUGUGUUCAAUAGGGUUAAGCCUAUUCCCUCUCCAUCACCUGAGAAUGUUGAGAGCAGUAAUGAAGGCUUACUGUGCAUUUGGAAGCUCCUGACUCAUUAACGUUCUUUGGUAGAUAGAUAGGGGUAUAUACAGCUUAAAGUGUGCAAUUGUGGAUGGAUUGUGAUGGGUGUCUGUACCCUUAAAACCAUCCUUACUGUCAAGUCGGUGGAACAUUCAGCAUCCUAGCCAAUAACUUCUCCUUUCUGCUCUUCCCUGUCCCCUGUCCUUACAGCCUCUGCUUUCCAUCACUAAUGAUUAACUUCUGUAUAAAUGGACUUUCACAGUGUUUGUCUGGCCUCUCAGUGCCAUUUUUAGAUGUUUCCAGGUGUUUGUGUGUAUAUCCACACUUUUUAUUUAGCCCAUUGUACACAUGCCCCCAAUAUCUGUUGAUGCCUGUUAAUUAAUAUUUACAUUCUUUCUGAUUUGAGACAAAUAAAGCUUCUAUGAAUAUUUGUAUGCACA